AUGCAUCCGUCAGACGACGUGGGAUUGGUUCCGGGCCCCUCCGAGGCCACCUGUCGUCGUCGUCGCUCCCCUCCGUCCCGCGGCGGGAAGGGGGCAUGGUCGGACGACAAUGGGGCGACGCCCUCGUGGACGAGAAGAAAAGGCUACGACUACGGAUGCGUCCAUAUAAGCCGAGCGCGUCCCGCUCGCCGACGUGGCCGACGCUGCUCCCUCCACCGUACCCUUUGUCGACCGAGCCUGCCGAUGGACUACCUGCCGGCAUCCGUCACGUCCAAGCCGAGCCUGGCGCCCGUCAUGCACCUGCUGCAGGAUCUCGACAAGUACUCCCGCCAGCUCGGCCUCCACCACGAGCACGCGCGCCACCGCGACGGCGUCCAUCACGUCUUCAUGCCCAACUUCGACAUGCGCGAGCGCCAGGAUUCCUUUGAGCUCCUCGGCGAGCUUGCCGGCGCGCGCAAGGACGAUGUGACCAUCGAGUUCACGGAGCCGCAGACGCUCGUCGUCCGGGGCCGCGUCGCCCGCGAGUACGAGCACGACCUGCCGUGCGAGGCCGGCCCGGCGCACGAGAAUGCGCCGUCUCCGGCGGAGCCGCCGACGAUGGAUGGCGGGCGGUCCGUCGGCGGCGGGGCCCCGGAAGGCCGUUCGCCCCCGCCUGGGCUCGCACCCGGCACCGGACCCAGCGCCGAGACCGAGCCGGCCAACGCCAACGGCCACGGGCACGCAAAGUACUGGAUCUCGGAGCGCAACGUCGGCGAGUUUUCCAGGACGUUUGCCUUUCCGGAGCGCGUCGAGCGCGAGGCCGUGACGGCCCGGCUUGAGGGUGGAAUCCUGCGCAUCGUCGUGCCCAAGACGAAGCCGCACCCGACGCGCCGCCAUCGCGUCGCCAUCGUCUGA